AUUAACUGGAGUAUAAGACAUGGAAUUGGGACAGACCGACAGCUUUCUGGAGCCUGCCAACAGUCACAAUGUCCCAAGGGCCUCUGAUUCUCUGGCUGGUGAUGGAGCUCGGGCGGCUUUAUCUGACUCCAGCAGCAUCAGAGAUUGUCGUGACAGCGUUUUUGGGUCAGUCAGUGACUUUGCCCUGCAUAUACUCCUCCUGGUCUCAUCACAGCAACAGCAUGUGCUGGGGCAAAGGCCAGUGCCCCAAAUCCAGAUGCACCGAGGAGUUUCUCUACACCGACGGGUCGCGUGUGCUCUGGAAGAAGUCAGCAAAAUAUGCACUUCAAGGGAGUAUCGGGAGAGGGGACAUCUCCUUGACCAUCGUCAACACCAACGAAGGCGACAGUGGUGUGUACUGCUGCCGCGUAGAGGUGCCUGGCUGGUUCAACGAUGUAAAGAAGAACAUUCGGCUGCAGCUGCGGAAAGCUCCCCCCACCAUGCGUGCAACAACCACCCGCCGCCCAACCACCACCACCACCACUCCUGUGAUGACAACCCUAGCUGUGCUUCCAACAACAGUCAUGACUACACCUGAGGUCACAGCCAGGGAACCACCUCAGACAGCAACCACCACUGCCCUCACAACAGUGGCAACCACGUGUCCUCCAACAACACUGAACUCCCUUCCUGAGGAAGACACGGUUCUUCUGACCCCUGAGCCUCCCACCGAAGGGCCCGUCCUCACUGCAGAGUCUGAAACUGUCCUUCCCUCUAGCACCUCUCAGAGAAGCACUGAGGAGACUUCUGGAGACACUGCUUUAUUCACAGCCAAAGGUUGGGUAGUCCAGUCAACUUUGUGGGACAUGAGUGAGUCAGUGACUUCUCAGCCAAGAGCAUCUGAGACGAUAUUUUUUGUGCAACAUGGAAUUGAAUCAGAACAGAUAAGUAUGGCCAACAACUACGAGCUGCUCAUGAUCAUCGCUCCCUCCCUGGGGCUGGUGUUCUUGCUACUGCUUCUGGCCUUUCGUCUCCGAGGGAAACUCAUGGAAGCCAGUUGUUUCCAGAAACACACAAGGCUAGAAAAUGUUGGAGAAGGUAAAAAUGUCCUCAACGGAAGAGAAGAUGAAGAUGGUCUUUUCACACUCUGAUGUACCCACUUUUUCUUAGGAUUGAGGAUGGGGGUAUAUCAUGUGAUUUGUCAAAAUAAGUCUUUGAAGGUUUCUUUUUUUAAAACCAUCUAUUGGUGUCAUUGA